UAUAGGUUAUUUAAUUUGUACAGCUUCCAUAUUCUCCGUUGGUGCAAUGGUAUCGUGCUGCCCUCUAUAGAUGCCUCGACUAUAGUUGUACGCCCUAGUCCAUACCAUACGCACCCCGGGGAGGUACGCGGUUCGAGUCUCGUAGUACCCCCAAUAUUCCGCUUAUUUACCAAAGAUGCCGGAUGGUUCGAUUCCAUUCACAACCCGUCUCACACAUGGGGGUGUCCUGUAUCAGCGGGCCCGGGGCCUGGUCAUCAUUCCUUCUCAUUGUAUUCAGCCGUUCGGCCAGCCUUCUUCGGCUGUUCGGGCGGUGUUGAGGAGGAGGCUGGUGGCUAGGCGGGCUUACAGUCUGGAUUUUUUUGCGUUUGUCGGGGACGCUUCAGGGGAGAGUGGUGAUACUAUUUUUUUGGUAGUAGGAUGUUGUCUUCUGUCAUUGUUUGCUUGCUUUUGGCGUCAACCUGAAGGUUCUCCCAUACCGUUGUCUCCAUCGUUCUGGAGUUUUUUAGGACAUAUAAGGUGCGUAUCUACUGGACAUCUGAUCUGUCUCUUGAAUGAUCUUACGUUGGAGUGCUGCAUUCAGUGUGACAUUGACUGUAUACGGCACAGGCAUCAUCUAACCGUGAGACUGAACAACCUCAACACAGCUUACAAGUUAUUGGUGGACUCAGGUCCAUCAUUUACAAUGGCGGCUCCGUGAGAGGUUGUUGACUGUUUUAUAGUUCGUCUUGCUAGUCUGAAUACCAUGAUAAAGGUGAUGCGCUCGAUACAGGAGUUCCACAGAAAGAUCUACGAUUGGAUGAGGCCAUAUAUGCAUGUUCGUAUAGCCUUGGCGCUGCGUUUGUUUGGACGGUCGUGGACCUUGAAACUACUUAAUCUCUUCAUUAAGAGACUCUCGUGCCAUGUUACGUUAUUACUACAGACUCUC